AUGGAUUAUCAACGGCGAGCUCGUCGAGUUCCACUUACCGCUGACGGUCGGAAAAGUGUAAAGAAGGGGAGCAUUACGGAUCCAAUGCCUCUAGUGCCAUCUUCCACCAGUGACAAGGACAUUCAUGCCAUUAAGGGACCAUCGAUUGGCUCUUCCGUUAUAAGGUUUGGUUAUAUAUCUUGCACAAGCACAUCUGCUUCUUGUCCAGCUCUCAUAUUACUGUCUACUAGAGUUUUUCAAAUGCAUAAUCCAAGAUGCAAAUCCCUAAUUAUCUUCAUUCAACUUGUUUCCAUCAUUGGUUUUUGCCACUAUGUAAUUGGAAUAAGAGGUGAAGAUAAUAACACUAGUGCUGUAAAGGUGGAUGUGGGCAUAAUUCUUGAUCUGGAAACAGAUGUGGGAAAAGUAAUGCACAUAUCAAUCUUACUAGCUCUUGCAGACUACCAUGCCAACACUAGUCGCGGUGCCAUAAGGAUAGUUCCUCAUAUCAGGGAUUCAAAGAAAGAUGAUGUUGAAGCAGCAUCAGCUGCCAUAUACUUGCUAAAAGAUGUCCAAGUGCAAGCUAUCUUCGGGCCACAAAUGUCUACACAAACUGAUUUUGUGAUUGACUUGGGGAACAGAGUAAGAGUUCCUAUAAUAUCUCCAGCAACAAGUCCUUCACUUUCAGUCAAGGAAAAUCCCUUCUUCAUCAGAGGAGCACUUCCUUCUUCCAGCCAGACUAGAGCCAUUGCAGCAAUUGUUAAAAACUAUAAUUGGAGGGAGGUUGUAGUAAUCUAUGAGGAAAGCCCCUAUGGAACCGGGAUACUUCCAUAUUUAACUGAUGCCUUGCUGGAAAUCAAUACUUUAGUCUCCUAUAGAAGUGGUAUUUCUCCUUCAGCCAAUGAUGAUCAAAUCCUCAGGGAGCUAUACAAGUUGAAGACAAUGCAGACCAGGGUGUUCAUUGUGCACUUGCAAGAAAAUCUUGCCUCCCGCUUUUUCCUCAAGGCCAAAGAAGCCGGGAUGAUGAACAGUGGAUAUGCAUGGAUCAUCACAGAUGUGCUGACGAGUCUUCUGGACCUGGUAGAUACUUCAGUAAUUGAGUCAUCAAUGCAAGGUGUUCUGGGUUUAAAAUCUUAUGUUCCAAAAUCAAAGGAGCUUGACAUGUUCACCAGGAGAUGGAGAAAGAGAUUCCGUCAAGAGUAUCCAGACAUGGACCAAGUAGAACUCAAUGUUUUCGGGCUAUGGGCAUAUGAGAGCAUCACCUUAUUAGCAGAAGCAGUAGAGAAAGUGGGCACUACUGCUAUCCCAAAAUUAAAGAAACCAGACACUAGAGAGAACAUAACAGACCUAGAUGCACUUGGAACCUCGGAAGUGGGAUCCCUGCUCAUUGACUCUAUGCAAAACACAGAGUUAAAAUCAGGACUAAGUGGUGAUUUCUGUAUCGUUGAUAGAGAACUGCAGCCAUCCCCAUAUCAGAUUGUGAAUAUAAUUGGGAAAGGAGAUAAAAUCAUUGGAUUCUGGACAGAGAAGGAUGGCAUUUUGCAUAAACUGAAGAUGAAUGGUAAAACAGAUAAAACUAAUAAUAAGCAACUAGGGGUCAUCAUUUGGCCUGUGGAAAGAGAUCCAACGACACAAGCAGUAAUUGCAACUGGUUUAGGGCCAGAUGUCUUCAAAGAAGUCAUCCAAUCUUUGAAAUAUGCUGUCCCUUAUGAAUUUAUUCCAUUUCCAAUAGCACAUAGCCCAACUUCUCAAAACUAUGAUGAUCUUGUUCACAAGAUCACUUCUAAGGAAUAUGAUGCGGUUGUAGGUGUUAUUACCAUUUUAGCAAGCCGAUCUGAGUAUGUAGAUUUCACAUUACCUUUUUCAGAGUCGAGUAUUUCUGCAGUUGUGCCUGUAAGGAAUGAUGAUAGGAAGAACGCUUGGAUCUUUUUGAAACCUUUAAAGGCCGAGCUGUGGAUAGCAACCGGAGCAUUAUUCGUCUUCAUUGGUUUUGUGGUUUGGGCACUUGAACAUCGUGUAAACAAAGAUUUUCGAGGACCCAAACGCAAGCAAGUUGGGAUGAUAUUUUGGUUUUCCUUCUCAACUCUCGUUUUUGCUCAUAAAGAGAAGAUAACAAGUAACUUGUCAAGAUUUGUGCUGAUUGUGUGGGUUUUCGUGGUUCUGGUGCUGACAUCAAGCUAUACAGCCAGCUUAACAUCUAUGUUAACAGUGCAACAGCUUCAACCUACUAUAACAGACCUCAAUGAUCUCAUCAAGAAUGGAGAAUAUGUAGGGUACCAAAAAGGUUCCUUUGUCAAAGACGUCUUGACACGCAUGAAAUUUGACAGCUCCAAAUUUAGGAGUUGUAGCACAUUGGAAGAGUAUAAUGAUGCACUCUCAAGAGGUAGUAAAAAUGGAGGUGUUGGUGCAAUUGUUGAUGAACUACCUUAUCUCAGACUCUUGCUCAACAAAUACUGCAGGAAGUAUAUUAUGGUUGGUCCGACAUACAAGGCUGCCAGCUUUGGAUUUGCAUUUCCAAAAGGAUCUCCUUUGGUACCUGACGUCUCAAGAGCAGUCUUGAAGGUGAUAGAGGGAGAGACUAUGAAUAACAUAAUUCAGAAAUGGUUUGGGAAUGAAACAGAUUGUCCAAAGCAAGAUGGAAUGGCUAUAGCAUCUAGUCUCACGCUCGAUAGUUUUAAGGGCCUUUUCCUCAUAGCUGGUGUAUCAGCAGGCUCUGCUCUUCCCGUAUUCUUCGUCAUCUUCCUUUAUCAGAAUAGAGUAAUCUUAGCCACUGAUGAUUCAAUAGGAAAAAAGCUUUGUGCAAUAGCAAAAGUCUUUGAUUUAAAGAGAGACGACUCUAAUUCUAUGUCAAAAAACCUUCCUUUGCAAAGCCCAGAAAUCGGAAUCUCUGAUGGCCUAGGAGAAUCCCCUGCUUCUGAAGGGUUCUCUACAACAGAAACUGGAACCCCAGUUCAUGAAACAAUGUCAGGCACGAUUGAAGAAAGAUUACACAUAUAUAGCUGCUAA